UUUUUUCAACGGGUUCUAUCACAAAUCACGUGUAUGACAUGAUAUAAGAUACAUUAAGUCUAACUCGUUAUAGUAAACUUCACGUGAUAAUUGCAUACUUUGCAUACUUUAUAUAUCGCUAUUUACAUCAUGAAAAAAAACAUUAAUCAUUAAUCAUGGAAGAUCCUAAAAUUCAAGAAGCUAUAGAAACUUUGGAUAGUAUGUUUUUAUUUUGUAAUAACUUUAUAAAUAUUUAUAAAAUUAUAAACAUUUUUUAUCCUUCUUUUGUACAAAGUAUGACUAAUUAAUGAUAUUAAAAGUACUUCAUGAAAUGUCUACAUUACUCAAUACCGGUUUGGAUCGUGAUACACUUUCAUUAUGUUUGAAUUUAUGUGAAAACGGUGUAAAUCCCGAAGCUUUAGCUNUUAUUUUUCAAUUGUUACAAUUUUUUUUUUUUUUCAUUUUUUAAAAAAAAAAAUCAAGUAAUUCAACGGGUUCUAUCACAAAUCACGUGUAUGACAUGAUAUAAGAUACAUUAAGUCUAACUCGUUAUAGUAAACUUCACGUGAUAAUUGCAUACUUUGCAUACUUUAUAUAUCGCUAUUUACAUCAUGAAAAAAAACAUUAAUCAUUAAUCAUGGAAGAUCCUAAAAUUCAAGAAGCUAUAGAAACUUUGGAUA